GCCCAGGGUUCCGGGAUUGAACUUAGAACCUUGUGCUUGCCAGGUUGAACAUUCCUAAUCUGAAAUUCAGAAUAUUUCAAAACCUGAAACAUUGAGCACCAGCAUGUUGCCACAAGUGGAAAAUUCCACACGACCUUAUGUGACGUUUUACAGUUAAGACACAAGUACCCAACAGUCAGUUUAUUCACUGUCUCCAAGAGAGAAAAUACCACCCAGUCGCCUUGAGCCGUAGCAUAUCUUUUCUGCACAUGCCCAGAUUCUCCUGCAGAAGCACACCCUCAAGGAGUACUGGAGUGGCACGUGUCAAGGCCCAGUGUGUCAAGGCCCGGUUCCUCAAGAUGUCCAUAUGAAGCCUUGUCACUCACUGUGAUUUUUUAGCUUACUGUCUUCUCUGUAGUAUAAAGAAAUUGUUAAAAAAAAAUGUUAAAAAGAACCACAGAUGUCCCUGUGGGUGACAGUGAUAGGAAAAAGAGGAAACAUUUAUGUUUAUCUAUAGCACAGAAAGUGAAGCUGUUGGAAAAGCUGGACAGUGGUGUAAGUGUGAAACAUCUUACCAAGGAGUAUGGUGUUGGAAUGACCACCAUAUAUGACCUGAAGAAACAGAAGGAUAAAUUGUUCAAGUUUUAUGCUGAAAGUGAUGAGCCAAAGUUAAUGAAAAAUAGGAAAACACUGCAUAAAGCUAAAAAUGAAGAUCUUGAUCGUGUACUGAAAGAGUGGAUCCGCCAGCGUCGCAGUGAACACAUGCCACUAAAUGGUAUGUUGAUCAUGAAGCAAGCAAAGAUUUAUCAUGAUGAAUUAAAAAUUGAAGGGAACUGUGAAUACUCAACAGGCUGGCUUCAAAAAUUUAAGAAAAGACAUGGCAUUAAAUUUUUAAAGAUUUGUGGUAAGAAAACAUCUGUCGGUCACAAAGCAGCAGAAAAAUUCAUUGAAAAAGUGGAUAUUGAAAAAGUUUUUAACACCAAGAAUCAGGAUGUAGUUGUUCAUUCAUUGACCAGUGGUGAAGUAGCAAAAAUGGUUCUGAAUCAAGCUGGGGAAGGUAGUGGUCAUUGUGAAGAUGAUGUCAGCGCUGCAGGAAAAGUGCCAAUAGAUGACAUGGUGAAAUUGUGUGAUGGACUUAUUGAAGGACUAGAGCAACGAGCUUUUAUAACGGAACAAGAAGUCCUGUCACUUUAUAAAAUCAAACAGAGACUUCUAGGACGAAAACUGUUAAUGAAGAAGAUGACAUUAGGGGAAACGUACAAAACAGACACUCAGCCAAAUGCUUCCUCGUCCCUAGAGGAGCCACUUGCUGGCCCCUCAGCUGCUUCUGAUGUUUCUUCUCACCUAAUACAAUAAAAUGAAGUGGGGUACAGCAACAAUCUCAACAACACGACACUACAGGUGUUAAUUGAAAACUGCUGCUGUCUAACAGCAGACACAAGAAUUCUGGAGACGCUGCUUUUCUUUCUGCUUACCCUGGACACAUUAUUCUUUUGUAUUGAUGGUAAUAAUUCAUCAUAAAUGAAGAUGUCUUCAGCACCUGAGCCUCCAACACUUAAACAAGAACCACCCAAAGAAAAAGACUUUCAAAACCCAGGACUCAGAGGGGUUUGCACAACGACUUUAUUUCGAGCUAUAAAUCCAGAGCUCUUCAUUAAACCUAAUAAACCUGUAAUGGCCUUCGGCUUGAUCUCCCUUUCGCUUUGUGUGGCUUACAUUGGCUAUCUCCAUGCAACACAAGAGAAUAAAAAGGAUCUCUACGAAGCUAUUGAUAGUGAGGGGCACAGUUAUAUGCGGAGGAAAACAUCUAAAUGGGAUUAAACUGCUACUUACUGCAGAUGGAGCUUUCUUAACUCUGCAAUCUUCAGAUGAAAGACUUUGUGAGCAUACAGAAUCAUAUUUCUUGUUCAAUAAUAGGCUAAUUAGAACAUAACGGUUGCAACCACAUCACUAGUGAAUUUUGUCACUUUACAGCUGUAGUUGUUAAACUCACUAUUUUUCUACAAGAAGAGCAUGUUGGUAUUUAUCUUUUACUAAAUCCUAUUACAAAGGUGCCUGGAAGAUGGAAGUCAUUUUUGUUAAUUAUUAAAUUCGGUAUAAUAAAAGUACCCAAUGCUAUUAAA